AAUCCCUUCAGGUGGACCAGGCGAGCCUCUUUUGCCUCCUAAUGAGCAUAGUUUUUCUGUGCGCCGAAGGGCUCGAAGGCGCUUCUUGUCUGCUUUGUUCAUGAGUCUCCUCCUUUGGGCGCUUUUGUGGCUUCUCUUCGGACUUUAUUUGGCCGCCACGUUAAACUACUGCGGCAAACCUGCAGAACCAGAGAUCAGUGAUGGGUUGAAAUUUGGUAGAAACGCGUGCCAGGCUGAGCUUUUUGAAUUUCACGCGGCGCACCAGAGUCUCUACAACUUGGUGGCCAACGGGGCUCACCCUCCCCAAGGAUCGUUUGCAACGUUUGCCACUGAUGACCCAUAUCCCCCUCCUGGCAUCGGGCCAUACCAGCUAAGUGCUCGAAACUCUGUACCUAGUUUCGAGGGGGAUCAUGCCCGUGGGUUCAUCGAGGUCAAACCAUCCAAAUCGGUGAACCAAGUGGUUUUCGAGAUUAAUGUUUCGUCAUGGGAUUUGGGUGCGUUAGCGACAUUUAACAUGUGCUUGCUUGAAAGAGAUGAGGUGUCCAGAGGGUUUGGCAUAUUUACCUCGAGGAAAGGAUGGAGAUGGCUUCCCUUUGACCGACAUAUGCUCGACUUCAAUGUCAUGGUUCUGGUGCCGAUUGGAAGAUAUUCUCCUAUUGUACGGCUCGACACAUCGCUGCCCAAUUUCAUGCACUCGGAGUUUGAUGCCGUCACUAUCCUUGGAUCUAACUCAGGAGUAUUUUCUGAGUCCCUUAUUGCUCGCAAUAUUUCUGUGUACACAUCCAAUGAGCGCGUCCAUGGACGUUUCACUGCCCAUAACUCACUAACUCUGAAGACAUCCAAUGCGCCGAUCAAUGUGGAGGCGAAUCUCCUUAAUCAUCCCGGGAGUGAAAAGGCCACGAAGCUGAGUGUUCACACCAGCAAUGGAUUCAUUAGCACAUCGAUGAAUCUGUCCACGAACCAGUCCAGCUCUUCGCCAGGAGGAUACUUCGACCUUGAUAUUGCAACCACUAACGGGAAAAUUGGUGCUCGCAUCCUGCACGUCCCAUUGCAGUCCCAGGUAUCGCUGAGCGCGGUGACUACGAAUGCUCCCAUAAACGCAAUGGUGUACCGCCUCCUCGGUCUUGAGGAUGACCCUUCAGGUGGUGGCCGCUCUCCACAACUUCGGUUUGGUGAGAACAGAGGUUAUUCAGAAGGAUCCUGGUAUUGGGGGGUUCGAGAGGAGCUGCCGACAAGUACUAUCGUACUGGGGACGACUAAUGGUCCCAUUGAUCUUGAGUUCAUAUGAAUGACAGCGCCCUGAAGAAAGCUCUUUCAUCAGCCUUGUCGCUGCCUCAACGCCGUCUUUUUUUGCUGUCUGGCUCGCGAGCUUAAUCAACUAUUUCUCAACCCGCCGCUAUCCUGCAUUCCAUGUUCAAAAAUAUUUACUGCAACAACAAAAGCCAGCAGCCACCCUCACACAAUAAUGCAAACCAGAUGGAGAGCAAGAAAGAGGACUGAAAGCGAAAAGAUCAAUACAAGCGGAG